ACCUCCACCUUCAACAUCAAACAUCACAUCUCUUACUCUUUUGUCUCUUUUUCUCUGUCUUCAAAGAGUUUCUUAGUAACCAACUCAAUGGCAGGUAUCAAAGUUUUCGGACACCCAGCUUCCACUUCAACCAGGAGAGUCCUUAUCGCUCUCCACGAGAAAAACCUCGACUUUGAGCUCGUUCAUGUUGAACUCAAAGACGGUGAGCACAAGAAGGAGCCUUUCCUCUCCCGCAACCCUUUUGGUCAAGUUCCAGCCUUUGAAGAUGGAGACCUCAAGCUCUUCGAAUCAAGAGCGAUUACUCAGUACAUAGCUCACCGAUACGAAAACCAAGGAACCAACCUUCUCCAAGCUGACUCCAAGAACAUAGCUCAGUAUGCAAUCAUGGUCAUUGGAAUGGAAGUAGAAGCUCAUCAGUUCGAUCCCGUGGCUUCAAAGCUUGCUUGGGAACAAGUAUACAAGCUCAUGUAUGGCUUGACCACAGACCAAGCCGUUGUUGCAGAAGAAGAAGCUAAGUUGGCCAAGGUCCUUGAUGUCUACGAGGCUAGGCUCAAGGAGUUCAAGUAUUUGGCUGGUGACACUUUCACUUUGACCGAUCUUCACCACAUUCCCGUGAUUCAAUACCUGCUCGGAACUCCCACCAAGAAGCUCUUCACCGAGCGUCCACGUGUCAACGAGUGGGUCGCUGAGAUCACCAACAGGCCAGCUUCCCAGAAGGUUCAGUGAGAAAUUUCUAAAACGAAAAAAUGGUUAAACAAGCGCGGCUGCCUCAUUGUCCAAUUUCUCAGUACUUUGUUUAAAUUUCUGUUGCUAUCCUCUGUUUUUGUAUCAGUUAUGUGUGUGUCGUAUGUUCUUGAGAGUAUCUUUGGCAAAAACUAUUUAUCUAAUCUUCAAGCUCUUCUAAAACAAAUCAAUUAGUUAACUAAUG